CCAAACCAAUAAACCUAUUAAAAUGUCAGACCGAAUAAUGAAUCCGGAAUAAUGUGAAUUAAACCAUUUUCCAGAUCAUGGCAACACAAAAGCCAGGAGAAUGGGCUAAUACUCUUAUUGUUCGGUUUGAGGAACAGUUGCCCUGUCGAAUUGGUCCCCAGACAACCCACUCGAUCAUUAACGAGGAACAAAACAAAGCCUGCAUCAUUCAAAUUUCCAAAUAUCGUUUUGCAUUGGUAUUGGACGGAUUUGUUAAAGUCAUCAAACGAAUCCACGAAUUGUACCAAACAGGCGCUUGUGGGGCUACUCGUCAACACGGUCCAGAAUUGGAAAAGAAUUACUACGAUAGCUUAAUAAUUGUAUUAGAAACAUUAGAAAAAUGUUUCAGUAUUCAACCGAAAGACUCGAUAAGUUUGACGAUGGAGGAGAACAACAAUUUGAAGUGUUUGCUGAAAGAAAUUUGUUCCUUCUUGAUAGCGAGAGAUUUACCCCACGAUAAUCCUAACGUAAUUGCAAUAAAAAUGUUAGCAAGUAAGGUACUAUUCGCAUUGAGCGUUAAUUUUUUUAACGCUGUUUUCAAUCGAAUAUCAUCAAAAUUACAAGAGCUAGCCUCAUGUCCUGAUGAAAAUCCGGACUUCAGUGACAUCGAGUUAAUCCAGCACAUAACUGUCGAUGUGUCUAGAUUAACGAGAUUAUUCCUGGAAGCCAUAUCCAAAUUUAGAUUGCUUAAGAAGACUGCUCAUUUGGUUCUGGUAACAUCCUUAGAGAAGGCCAUCUGGAAUUGGAUGGAUGGAUUCCCUUACGAAUUUUCCGAAUUGCAGAAAAAUCCCAAUGAAGAAAUGAGCAAAUACGCUGAACAACUAUUCGAUAUUUUAGAUGCUUUUGGCGACAACAAGAAAGGAAGAUCAGCCGUUUGGUCUCUUCAAAUAAUGCUGCUGAUUUUAGCUCCAAAAGUUUUGGAGGAGAUAGUAAACGCCGAUAGUGGAGCGCCUUGUUCUCCUCGCCAUAGCAAAAAGAAAAUAUUUAUCGAUAACAUGAAACGAUAUCUCAGCCCGCACAGCAACAAACAACUAACGGAAGCUGCCAUAGUGGCAAGUGUUAAACUUUGCAAAGCUUCAACUUACAUUAACAUCCACGAUUCAAAUCAUGUGGCGUUUGUCUUGGUCCAAAGUAUUUUGAACGACUUAAAGAGCCUCCUGUUCAAUCCACAGAAGCCCUUUUCUAGGGGUCAGAGUUACUCGUAUCAAGACAUGGAGCUCAUGAUUGAUUGUUUCGUAUCUAUUUUCCGCAUAAAGCCACACAAUAACGAGGCACUGAAAGUGUGUUUGAAUCUCAAUUCGCAACCAAGUUUUCAUUUUGUAUUGGUAAGAUCUUUGUACAAAAUAGUCACCCAACCAAGACUGCAUUGGUGGCCUCAGAUAGAUUUAGUUUACAACAAAGCUUCGGAAUUAAGAGCUAUGUUUACUGAUACUUUAAACAAGGUUUCACAAGGUUACAUAGCUCAUACGCCAUUACGAAUGAUUCAAAUCACAUUGAAGGGUAAAGACAACCAAAGCAAGUUCAAAGACCGCGCUGAAGAAGUACACUUGCUACUCUAUAUGGUUAGAUUAGUGCACGCCGAUCCGAUGUUGAUGCUAAAUAAUCAAGGAAAAGCGGGACACGAAAUACAAAGCUCAACGUUGGAAUUAAUAAACGGACUAGUAUCUCUAGUGCACCAGCCAACAAUGCCCGAAGUGGCCCAGGAAGCCAUGGAAGCCCUGCUGGUGCUUCAUCAUCCGGAAAAAAUCGAAGUGUGGAAUCCCGAGGCGCCCAUAAACACAUUCUGGGACGUCAGUUCCCAAGUGAUGUUUUCGAUUUCGCAAAAACUAAUCCAACACCAAAUCAUGAAUUACACCGACAUCCUGAAGUGGCUGCGAGAGAUACUAAUUUGCAGAAAUGCGUUCCUGGCUAAACACAAAGAUUACGCCAACCUGGGCAGCACUAUUGCCAUUUGCAAGCAAGCCCAUAUCAAGUUAGAAGUUGUCUUUUUUAUGUAUUUAUGGAGCGUCGACAUGGAUGCUGUGCUUGUGUCAAUGAGCUGCUUUGCCCUUCUGUGUCAAGAAGCUGAAAUUCGCUGUGGAUCAGAUGAAGUGACAGUCACUUACUUGGUCCCAAAUUACCACGUUUAUCAAGAAUUGGCAGCUGCUUCGCAAGUUCUUACUACUGGACGAGCGGCUCUUCAAAAGAGAAUUAUGGCGCUGCUGAGAAAAAUCGAACAUUGUAUUAAUGGCGUGCAACCGGCUUGGGAGGAAACGUUUAUGAAUUGGAAUGGAGUUUAUAAAAAUUUAUCAACAUAUCCCAAACAGCAAAGAGCCGAAGACGGACAAAUCAUGGAUCCUUUCCACAGGACCAUGGGGAAACGGAGAGCUUCACACCAGAAUUCCGAACAUGACUUGGAGUAUUACAUUUUCUUGAAGGAUCAGAUAAACGAGUGGGCGAAUAUGACAGGGUUCUUGUGUGCUCUAGGAGGAGUUUGUUUACAGAGAAAAUCUCCUUCUAGGCCUCCUUUAUCAACCAGCUCACAUUCUAGCUUGUCUUCGAUGACAAUAAGCUCUGUAGGGAGCGCUCUCGGCGCAGAGCCUAUUAUUUGUAGCAGCAAAAGCAAAAAUCCGCUACAAGGCGCGCCUCCUCAGACACCCUUAGACUCUCGCCAGUAUUGCCCAGUUACUUCCUUCGUGGAUUUGCUAUUGCGCUUACUAGUCUGUUCUAAUGAAAAGUUUGGAGCUCAAAUACAAAAACACGUGAAGGAGUUGAUCGGUCACGAGAUGUCCUCGGCUCUGUACCCGAUUCUAUUCGAACAAAUCAAAUCGAUCGUGGACAAAUUCUUCGAUAUAUCAGGCCAGGUCGUGGUUACCGAACUGAACACCCAGUUCGUCGAGCACAUUAUCUUCAUAAUGAAGAACAUCUUGGAUUGCACUAAGAACGAUCAGCCCUCGGAGCAUUUGGGCGUGACCAGCAUAGAGGGCAUGAUGCUGUCUAUCGUGAGAUACGUCAGGUACCUCGACAUGACGGUUCACGCCAUUCACAUGAAGACCAAACUCUGUCAGCUGGUCGAAACGAUGAUGCUGAGAAGAGACGACCUGGCCUUCCGGCAGGAAAUGAAAUUCCGGAAUAAACUGGUGGAAUAUUUGUCGGACUGGAUCAUGGGCAACUCGCACCAAAUCGCCCCGCCCGGCUCCGGCGACGUCACCACCAUCGCCAGGGAAUUGGAUCAAGCGUGCAUGGAGGCCGUUGCGGCUCUGCUCCGAGGCCUCCCCUUGCAGCCCGAAGAAUCCGACAGAGGCGAUCUGAUGGAAGCCAAGAGCCAGCUGUUCUUGAAAUAUUUCACCCUGUUCAUUAAUCUGCUGGGAGAUUGCUCGGAACUGACCGACGAAAAAGAUAUCACCAAGUCCAAAGUGUUCAAUUCGAGGCAUAACAACUUACGAAGCGCUACCAUACAGGCCAUGUCGAAUUUGCUUUCGGCCAACAUCGACAGCGGCCUCAUGCAUUCAAUAUAUUUGGGUUAUAACAAGGACCUUCAAACGAGAGCAGCUUUUAUGGAGGUGUUGACUAAGAUUCUGCAACAGGGCACUGAGUUUGAUACCUUAGCUGAAACUGUCCUUGCAGAUCGUUUCGAGCAAUUAGUUCAGCUCGUAACUAUGAUAAGUGACAAGGGCGAAUUGCCGAUAGCAGUCGCUUUGGCGAACGUUGUAACUACCUCGCAAAUGGACGAACUCGCUAGGGUGUUCGUCACGUUAUUCGACGCCAAACAUUUAUUAUCGCCUCUGCUCUGGAACAUGUUCUACAGAGAAGUGGAAGUAUCGGAUUGCAUGCAAACGUUGUUCCGGGGCAACAGUUUGGGCAGCAAAAUCAUGGCGUUUUGCUUCAAAAUAUACGGAGCUAGUUAUUUGCAAACGCUUUUGGAACCUUUGAUAAGGCCGCUGUUGGAGGAGCCGUUUUCGAGUUUCGAGGUCGAUCCAGCGCGAUUGGAAGCAAACGAGGACAUCGAAGAGAACAGACAGAAUCUCAUAGCGCUAACUCAAGAAGUGUUCGACGCUAUCGUCAACUCCGCGGAUAAGUUCCCUCCUCAGUUGCGGUCAAUGUGCCAUUGCUUGUAUCAAGUUUUGAGUAAAAGAUUCCCGUCGGUUCCGCAGAAUAAUAUCGGAGCCGUGGGUACAGUGAUAUUUUUACGCUUUAUUAAUCCUGCCAUUGUUUCCCCUCAAGAAAUGGGAAUAGUUUGUAAACCAGUACCUAGUUCAGUAAAGAGAGGACUGAUGCUGAUGUCUAAGAUACUGCAGAACAUCGCGAACCACGUGGAGUUCAGCAAAGAGCAGCACAUGCUGCCGUUCAACGAUUUCCUGCGGGCCCACUUCGAGAGCGGCCGCCGAUUUUUCAUUCAGAUCGCGUCCGAUUGCGAAACCGUCGAUCAAACGUCGCACUCGAUGUCGUUUAUAUCCGACGCCAACGUGCUGGCGUUGCAUCGACUCUUGUGGAACCACCAGGAGAAAAUCGGCGAUUAUUUGUCGAGCAGUCGCGAUCACAAAGCGGUGGGACGGCGCCCGUUUGAUAAAAUGGCGACUCUUCUGGCGUACUUGGGACCUCCCGAACACAAACCAGUCGAUUCUCAUAUGUUGUUUUCGUCGUAUGCUAGAUGGAGUUCGAUAGAUAUGUCGUCUAACAACUUCGAAGAAAUCAUGGUGAAGCAUAACAUGCACGAAAAGGAAGAGUUCAAAUCUAUUAAAACUCUGAACAUCUUUUAUCAAUCGGGCACUAGCAAGAGUGGAUACCCAGUGUUCUACUACAUUGCUAGGAGAUUCAAGUUCGGUGAAACGAACGGCGAUUUGCUUAUAUACCACGUCAUUCUCACGUUGAAACCUUUCUGUCACGCUCCUUUCGAAAUCGUAGUGGAUUUCACGCACACCAGCACUGAUAACAAAUUCAGAACGGAGUUCCUGCAGAAGUGGUUUCACGUUUUACCCGAGGUUGCUUACAUCAAUUGCUACGCCGCUUACGUGUAUAAUUGCAACAAUUGGGUGCGAGAAUACACGAAAUUCCACGAGAGAAUCCUAGCACCCUUGAAGGGUUGUCGUAAAUUGAUCUUCGUCGAAUCGAUGAACAGAUUGUGCGAUUACAUCGAGGCAGAACAACAAAAACUGCCAGGAGCCACGCUGAGCUUGGACGAAGAUCUGAAAGUGUUCCACAACGCUUUGAAAUUGUCCCACAAAGAUACGAAAGUAGCUAUUAAAGUCGGCCCUACUGCCAUUCAGAUAACAUCGUCUGAGAAAACGAAAGUCCUUUCGCAUUCGGUACUGCUCAAUGAUGUGUAUUAUGCUUCAGAAAUCGAAGAAGUGUGCCUAGUGGAUGAUAACCAAUUUACUUUGACUAUAGUAAACGACAGUAGCCCUCUUAGUUUUAUUCAUAACGACUGUGAUAGUAUAGUGCAAGCUAUUGUACAUAUAAGGAAUCGAUGGGAGCUUAGCCAACCCGAUUCCGUAACAGUUCACCAAAAAAUUCGACCAAAAGAUGUACCGGGAACAUUACUCAAUAUGGCAUUACUUAAUUUGGGUUCGUCCGAUCCGAAUUUGAGAACAGCAGCUUACAAUCAGUUGUGCGCCUUGACGGCGACUUUCGAUCUCAAAAUUGAAGGGCAGUUGUUGGAAACUCAGGGGUUGUGCAUUCCAUCCAAUAAUACUAUAUUCAUAAAAUCAGUAUCAGAAAAAUUAGCAACGAACGAGCCCCAUUUAACAUUAGAAUUCCUAGAGGAGUGUAUACAAGGUUUUAGAGUGUCCAGCAUAGAGUUGAAGCAUCUGUGCUUGGAGUACAUGACGCCCUGGCUACCGAACCUAGUUAGAUUUUGUAAGGCAUCAGAAGAGAAUAAAAGACAGAAACAAGUAUCCGGAAUCAUCGAACAAUUGAUACUAUUAACCAUCGAGGAGGUGCAAAUGUAUCCUUCGAUCCAGGCGAAAAUUUGGGGUUCCAUCGGGCAAGUGCCGGAACUGAUCGAUAUGGUGUUAGACAAUUUCAUUCACAAAUCUGUCCAUUCGGGUUUAGGCUCUCCCAUGGUGGAAAUCAUGGCCGACACGGCCGUCGCACUCGCCUCGGCCAAUGUCCCUUUGGUGGCCAAAAAAAUUAUCGGAAGGCUGUGCAGGGUAAUAAAAAAAAAUGCAAAGGACAUAAUUGUAAGACUUGUAAGAGAAGUCAGAUUUAACCAACCGUCAUUGGUGGUCGAUAAAACGUGCCAAUCCCCCACACCGCUUUUAGAACAGCACAUGAUGUGGGACGACAUAGCCAUUUUAGCGAGAUAUCUCCUAAUGUUGUCAUUUAACAAUAGUUUAGACGUAGUAAGGCACCUACCUUACUUAUUCCAUACAGUUACAUUCCUCGUGUGUUCCGGAUCGUUGAGCAUGCGCGCUUCGACGCACGGCCUCGUCAUCAACAUCAUCCAUUCGCUCUGUACGUGCACGAAGCCUUCGUUCUCCGAAGAGACCCAGCGGCUGCUCCGGCUGUCGCUCGACGAAUUCUCGCUGCCCAAGUUCUACCUGCUAUUCGGAAUCAGCAAGGUCAAAUCGGCGGCGGUCACCGCGUUCAGAUCGAGCUACAGGCACCCGAACGAAAAGUGGUUCGGCAACGAACGCAGCUUCUCGGGCACGGGCAAUCAGGACCGCGAAAGGCUAUCGUUGACUUCUCUAGAGGUCAUCACCGACGCUCUGCUCGAGAUCAUGGAGGCCUGCAUGCGGGACAUCCCCGACUGCGAUUGGUUGAAGAAUUGGACGUCGCUGGCGAAGUCUUUCGCGUUCUGUUUCAACCCGGCCCUGCAACCGCGGGCUCUCAUCGUCUUCGGUUGCAUAAGCAAAAGCAUCACGGACUUCGACAUGAAGCAGCUGCUGAAGAUUCUGGUCACCGCUUUGGAGAGUUUCAACGACAUGGCGCUCAUCGAGUCUAUCGUCAUGUGCUUGACGCGCCUCCAGCCUCUGCUCAGGCCCGAGUCGUCGAUUCACAAGGCUUUGUUUUGGGUGGCCAUUUCGGUGUUGCAAUUGGACGAGAGCUCGCUGUACGCCUCCGGCCUGGCUCUGUUGGAGCAGAAUUUGCACACGUUGGACUCGCAAGGAACGUUCGAAACCGAGAGUUUGGAAGUCGUAAUGUUGCUGACGCGCGAACCGCUCGAAUGGCACUUCAAGCAACUGGACCACGCAGUCGGUUUAAGCUUCAAGGCUAACUUUCAUUUUGCUCUAGUAGGCCAUUUGCUCAAGGGAUACCGCCAUCCCACGCCCACUACAGUGUCCAGGACUGUUAGGAUAUUGACCAAUCUUUUAACCAUCGUCGCUAAGCCUCACAAAAGAGAUAAAUUCGAAGUCACCAUCGACAGCGUCGCGUAUCUCACAGCUUUGGUUGGCGUUUCCGAAGAGGUGAAGAGCAGGUGUCACAUAAAGCACGCCAUUCCUCGCGGCCUGUCCGAUUCGGUUUCGCAGAAUAAUUUUAGCGGCGAUAACGCUCAAGGCGCCGGUAACAGUUCGCAGCAACAUCAGGGCGCGGCGGGCGCUUCGCAGGGUAACGUGAACCGAAGGCAAAAGUCCUGGGAUUUGCUCGACCAGUCCGCCCUGGCUCAAGCCAGGAUCAAGCAGCCCGCCGUCACGCAGGCGCAACAUCAGACUGCACGAGCCCUCUUCAAAACCCAACGUUCUUUUUCCAUGCCCACGCCAAAAGAACAGAAACCUCUCGAUGAAGAGGAGAGCAAGAACCGGAGCGCGAGAGCGUCAGUCAGUAACGAAAACAACGUUCUGCUGGACUCGGAAGUGUUGAACGAUUACGCGGUACAGGCGCUCGUAUUGACUACUCUAGCUACUUUAGUCAAAUACAGCACCGACGAGGCCGAAACCACAACUCUCUACCAAUACCUCGCCGAAGGAGCGGUGGUAUUCCCGAAAGUAUUCCCAGUGAUUUACAAUCUCAUCGAUAUGAAAAUCAACAACGUACUAACUUCAUGCCACGAUCCUCAAAUACUAAGUGCAGUUAGAAGUAUAAUUCAAAAUAUGAUUGCUUGUGACGAUACAGGACAACAACAGUUGCAUUAUUUGCAAAGUUGUGGAUUCGGUGGGCUGUGGAGAUUUGCAGGACCAUUCAAUAAGUACAACAAUGUACCGGAAAGCUGCGAGCUUUUCGUGAAUUGUUUGGAAGCGAUGGUGGUGACGUGCCUUCCGUCUGACGAUGUGGAAGCCGAGAACGGGGAAUUGACCCAGUACCCUUCGAUGUUGAGCGUCAGCUCGACGAUGAACCUGUCGUCGAGCAUGUCGAGCCUGACGCUGGGCUCGCCGACCGAGCGGGAGAUGAUGAUUCGCGACGUCGAAGGGGGCAGCACGACGUCCUUGGGCCGAAGUAAGCACCGUAAUAUCAAAGGCAAAUCCCACGCCCACUCUGAAAACUCUUCUUUACAUGAAUAAGGAAAGAAUCGUUAGAAGGAAUGUUGUCAUCUUUCUUUGUUUUGCAUACCAUCAGGCCGAAAACGUGACUUAAAAAUUUGGGCAACGAUCCAAACCUUUGGCCAUAUGUGAUAUGGCCGAAAAGUGGAUGUUUUUAUGACAGACUCCUCCAAGAAUCACUUUGUUUGCGAGAGGAAUCGGUGAGGGGUGUUUAUUUAUCUAUUUUAGAGGGGCCACUACUGUUUUGUAACAAGUAAAAUUUAAAUAAUCGUUCCACUGAAUAAUACAUACCGAUCUCUGCGAAGGGUUACUUGAAAAGUUACCGUUUCUUCAGUAUAUUUAAUAAGCAUACUUCGAUCUACCACUAUUUAACAAUAGGUAUUAUAAAAUUAAUCUAAAUGUCGUUCUUAGAUCGCUAAAUAAUCGUAGCUAGCUAAACUGUUUAGAAUUUCUGAGUAACAUAUUAUGAUACUUUAUUUACCGGUUUCACGAUAUGAUGCAAUACGAUGCACAAAAAGUUUGAUUAAUACAGAUAAUCAAAGAACACACGUUUCAUAGAAGUAGAACUUUGUGGCCUUUUUAACAGAUAUUUUGCCGUCAUUGAGAUAAAAUUGAUUGUGAUUGAGCAUAAUUUUAAGUGCAUUAAUUUAGAUUUGUUAUAAUAAAACAACAAUCUUCCCGAACAAAUUUGUGGGAUCAUUUUCCCGAGGUUCCAAAAAACUUCUUAGGAGUAAGCUAUUGUUCCUUGUGUACAAUGGUUCGUGUAACCACUAGUAAAUUUAAGAAUAACUAAAAAUAUGUACAUCAAUACGAAUUGUGUAAUAAUUUUUUCGGAUUGUAAGAAACUUUUUGGGUUGGAGGAGCACAAUCAACUUUUAUAUGUGGUGAUGGUAUUGAAUUAUACACGGGAUAUUCUUGUACGAGGUCGCCGGUUGGUUAGUUUGGGCCUGCUCGAAUAUCCGUAUUAGCCAAGAUUUAUUAUUAUACUUAAGACUAAAACACUUGUAUUUUCUGCAUAUUUUUUGUCUGAAUUUUUUCGAAGAAGGUGUACAAAAUACAAGCCAAAACAAGUUGAAAUUUCGUAUUUUCAGAAGGAUCCGUCCCUUCUGUUUCGUACGGGCUGAAACUUACAAAUCAUUUUGUUGUCUUCAACAAAAACUGAAUACGCUUAUUAAUGAUACUUUUUAUCGUAGGGAUACAUAUAUUCUAAACUAAUUUGCAAUAUUUACAGUGGAAAUAAACAGUAAGUCAUUAAUAAAGAAAACUUUUUCAGCCACAGUAUUGGCAUGGCACGAUUCCCAUACAAACUAUUUAAGGGGAUCCGAUUGUAUGUUAGUUACCGCAUUCUAUCGCGCCAACUGUGGUUUUCUGCCUUGACUUACUAUCGAGUGAAAUCCACUUAGUUCAGGGAUGCUUAUAUCAUAGUUGUUGUACAUAUAUAUUAUAUAUAAAAUCUAGUGCUGACAUAGUUGUUAUUUACUUAUCUUCGGUGUUCAAAACGACUAGAUAUACUUUUUUCUUAUUCUUGGGUGUCACGUGCCGAUGACUUAGGUAUUGUAAGAUUGAAUCGAAUCCCAUUGUGAUGUGUCCACGUCUUAAAUGUUUAUUCUCUUGUAGCCCUUUUGAGAUUGAUUGUAAUUACCAUCGGUGCGCCUCGAAUUACGUCCGACAGCGUAAUUCGUCCCGCACAGGCUACAAGGGCGGGCAAUUCGAAAAUGUGAUAAAAAACAUUUUGAAGCUAACAUGUCCACGUUUGAUGUUUCCUUGGAUUUUAAUUUUUGCACUACAGUUAACAGUUCGGCCUAUUGACUAAAGGAAUCGGUUUAACGAAAGCGAAACGAUUAGAAUUCGUAGUGAUUUAAACGACUAUUUAUUUUUUGGACCAGUCUGUCGUAAAGGGGUUCACUGACGAUUACGCUUAUUCAGCUUUUUAGCUGGACCUUAGGCCUAGGUUUGAAACGCCAGCGCGGACGUAAUCGGGAAUAUCGGACUUCCAAAGGUUCCUGAAGAGUCUCUUUUUGGCUUUGUCUACUUGUUUAUUUAUCGUUGGGUGAUCGGAAGUUGUGCUAGGAAGCACACUUCGUAUUUUUUGAUUGUGCUCGCCAUUGAAACUGACGGCAAGGAAUUAAUUAUCCAACGAUAAUCGGGCUAUUUAGGAACGCGAAGGUUUUAUUCCGAUUGCGUCUUUCUGUACACUUUCCAAUCUAGGUUAUUUUCAUCUUUGCCUCAAUUAUAUUAUAAGGAGUGUAUGGAAGUUUUGAAUAAAAAAAAUAAGCAAAUGACAAUACUUUCUCUGUAUCUAACGACUGAUAUUUAUUUCAACAUUCAUGCAGUCAAAACUCAAAACUUACUCUUUCACCUUAACGGCGUGAGGUAAUGAGAGGGUUUCAAAAUCUAGAGGAAGUGUUUUCUAAAUUUUGAAAGGUUUUUGUUGAGUAAGACAAUAAUUGUGAAAAUUUAACUCGUUUCAUUGGGUUGACUUAUUUUAGAAUGGGAAAGGAAAUUCCAUUGCCUGAUGGUAUGCUGACAAAGGCGGGUAUAUAUGAUGCAAAAUAAUUUUCACUGAAACAGACGAUUUUGUUGGGAACCAGCAGAAUGCGGACAUAGAUUUUUUAUAAGACUUUUUCUGUAGCGUGUGUGUCGUUUUGAGUCCAUCGAAAUCGUCUGUUUGGGGGCAUUUUAAUAUCGUAUAUGCUCGAAGAAGCCCGUGUUCAUUUUUUUAUUAAAGAAAUAAAUUUUUGUAAAGUUAAUCCUAUUAAGACUGCUACUUUUUAUUCAGAGUUAAGGUUUAAUGAAAAUGGACAUAAUGAGGUAAAGAUGACAUAAAUGUUUCUUCUAACUAUUUGUUAUAAUAUUCUAAAUAAACUUAAGGAUAUGUGAAACCAGAUGUACAAAAUAUUAUCUACUAUAUUGUACGCAUUAAUUUCAUGCAUAAAAAUUAAUUUUUAUAUAACAUAUACAUCUCAGUAUUUUUAAGACUUUUUUUUGUUCAAUUCGUAAUAAUAAUUAACUGGUUUAUUUUGCUUAGUUCGAAACGAAAUAACUGAUUUUAGUAAAAAAAAUUAGUUUAUGUAAAACUAAUUGCACCAGUCUCUAUUUAUAUUAAUAGAACACACGGUCAGUAAAAGUUAUUUAUUUACUUUUUUUUAGAUUAUUUUAACCGGUACAGGUUUGUGUCUUGUACAUAAUCGUAUUAUGAUAUUUUCUUAUAAAAAUAGUUCCUUAAUAUAUAUUAUUUAUUACAUAGAUUAUGAGCAUAAUUAUGAAAUGGUUGUUUAAAUUUGUAUUUGGUUCUUUUUUAAUUGCGCAAGAUUUUAUUUAAUAAUUAAUUCAUUAAUUAAUGGAUUGUUUUUAUUGAUCUUCUCGAGCUUCGGUGGCUGUUUUAAAAUUAUACUUUUAAUCUGUUUAGCACAAAUGAAUAACCACACAGACCUAUACUUUAAACAAGCAUUCAUAGUUUUGUUUUUCAUGACAAUUUUUUCGUAGUUUUAUUGCAUUUAAAUGGUUUCAAAGAACGAUAGGUACUGAGGUCUAUCUAUCAUAUUAAAACAAAAAAAAAAACAUUUUCACAUAUCCCAUUUUUCCAAAUAUUAUUGUCUUAAAUGUACAAAUUAGUAGUUGCUAGUUCUAAUUGUGUUCACGAUACAUAUUGGGAAUGGAUUCUUACCGAUAAACGGCAAGAAAUACGUCCAAUUUAUCCAUAAUCAAUAGCUGUUUACACAACAAGUAUAUCUUACUUUUUCAAUAUUACUCAUAGUGCUUUAGGUGAUUUUAAAAUGCAUUAACUCCGAGGAAAGAUCGCGAUACUUUUUCUGCAACCGAAAAAAGGAAUAGAUAAUUCUAUUAUUACACUGAUUGUUACUUUGUAACUGAGUACAAUAGGUCGCAGAAAAAGCACUUGCGAUUAAAUUCCCCAAUUGGAUUUUGUUCAUGUUCAUAACAACGAAAAACUCGAGCAAUGCUCGGGCAGAUCACUAGGCAGAAUAGCAGCAAACGGUCCGGAUAAAAUGUUCAAAAUAAAAUGUACAAUGUUCAAAAACCGGGAAACUUCCUUCAGCACCGGGUGCACUACUUUGUCCUUCAUAAUGUUAGUUACUAAUUAAUGUUAUUAAAAUUGAACGAGUGAACGUGAUUCACAAUAUCAUUCGAUAAUCAUGUCAACUGGUUUGGACCAAAGAGAUAUUUCCGACGUACCCGGAAGAAAUCUAGCGCGCAUUUGCAGGAGAUGGAUCAUCCAAUAAGACGUUAACACAAGUAUCCAGCAACACUCGCUGCAAUUAGUGAUAAUAAACAGGUUCCUUUUUCUAAACACAUGUGGGCAAUCUUCAUUUCGGCACGUGCCUUUUAUUAUACUUAGGAACGUGAAUUCGAUUCACUGUAAUGUACUUCAAUGCUGAUAGCAAUAAUGUAGUAUAAUCAUUAUGUAGACUUUCGCCAGGUAAUAUACACCUGGCUUUGUUUGCCAGGUCUUAGAUCUGCGUGCAGGUGCAAACUUAACGUUUGUGUAAGUUUUUUCUUUCGGACAAUAUACCGAUUGCGCUAGCAAUCCUGUAAUAAUUAUAGUUUACUAAAUCGGAACGAUUAAUUGUGUAAUUGACGUGGACAGUAUUUGCCUGUGAUGGUUCUACAACGAACAUAUGAAACCACGUCUAUUCCUAUGAUUUUUUUUAAUACAUCUAAGUUCAUCACUCUUCCCUCAUUUUCUGCUUUGCAGUUAAACGGUUUUGGAAGGUAAUUUUGUUCCCAGUACAUAUAAAAAAAUGCAAUUUAAUGACUAUAUAAGCAUGAAAGUUGUUUCCAUAAAUUUACGCAUGGAAUUGCGGCUAAAACGUAAAUAUAUUAAACUCGAAUUGUACUAAUUCGUCGCCUUCGUGUAAAACAUAACACCAGUAUCGAUUGGAUACAACCUCUAUUUUUUAGAACUACGGAUUUGUAAAUUUUAUACUACUUCAAUUAUUUUAUCAAAGUAUAUUACAAUAUCUUAGCUUAUAGAACCUAUUGAAUCACUACAAUAUUCUAAAUUAAUUAUAAUUUGUAACGUAAUUGUUUGUUAUGUGUAUAAAAAAAAAGUGUGUGCACUACUAUUAACACCGAAUAUGUUCAUAAUUACAUACCUCUUAGAUAAAUGUUUCUAUAUACGUACGGACUCGGAAAAAUUCUGCCCAAAAGCUGAUCUGCCCCGAAGGGCAUUGCUCCAUUUGGAUGUGAAACCGCGCUAUUUCACAAUAUUUAUCGUGUCCAAGCAUCGAAUCUGUCUUUGUUACAGAAAUGUUUUAAAAUAUCUUAAUGUUUUUAAGAUCUAUUUGUUUCUACUCAGAUAUAUGUGUCAUGCUGUUGAUUGGCGAUACUAUAAAUGUAAUGUUGACGAAAUUACAUUGGCUCAGUAAUUUUUUUCCAACAGAAGCAUUUAUUGUAUUAUUCGUGUGUAUGUAUAAAUGUUGUAUUUUGACUUUAUCGAUUGGUAACAGUUUAAAUCCUGCUUAGUAAGAGCAAAAAAAAAAUAACCUGAACUUGUCCUUUACAUUUUCUAGAUGUUAUGAUAAAUGUGCCCCAUUUGUUCCUCUAAUUAAUUCUUAGUUUAAAACAUGCUCAUACUUAAAGUAUUGAUUGUUUUACGUGAAUUUAAUAUGUUCACAACAAAUUUCCCGUUGGAAUUGAAACAGGUUUAAGAAUCUAAACUAGCAGGAAAUGAAAAGCAGCAAUAAAAUAAGAGAUCGGUUUAUUAUUCAUUAGUAGAAUGGUCGAAUGAUGCCGUUUCAACCACUAUCUACCUCUAUUUAUAGGUGAAAAAUAUUAGUAGGUAAUUUUUGUUUUGGGGAUAAAAAUUGGUAUUGCCUUGAAAGGGAGAAAUAAAAAAGCCACGAAAUUUAUUUCUUGCGCUUCAACUGAAUAAUACUUGUAUUACUAGGGCGUUUUCGCCGGAUUCUACUGAUGAAUACGAGGCUUGACUCUGGGCAACGGCGAGACUGUUUAAUCAAAAUAACAUUUAAUUUAUUAAAAUUAAUACUCGUGUGCCAAAAGUUUUUGUGUCAAGUAAUAUUUUGCAAGAAUAAGAAAACAGCGAUUAGGUAGAUGAAAGUAGUUCAUUUGAACUCCACUUUCUUCUUAAUCCGAAAUAAUAUAAUAAACCUACUUUGGUACAUAAAUGGCAUUUGUUUAAAAAGUAGAUAUAACUAGCAAGUCUCAACAUAGUCUACUUGACACUAGUGACACUAAUUUUAAAUAAAAUAUGAAUAUUCAAAGUAAUAUAUUUUUAUAUGACUUAUUAAACGCAACAGUGCAAAAACAGAUUUGUCGUUGAUUUGAAGGUAAUGGCUGUUGAAUAGUACCUUAAUUGUUGGUGAAUGACACAUUUUAUAUCGAGUAGCUAUUGUUAAAUUUUUUUGUAUUAACGUUCAUUUUUGUUAAGCUCAUUUUAAUUUAUCCAUAUAUAAAAUUCUAUUUGUGAUAGAUUUAUUCCUUGUAAAAGAAAAUAUGUAUGUUUCUUAAAAAAUAUGACGUUUGUAUUUAAGAUAUUACAUAUAUAUAUACAGAGC